CAUCGGGCUGGACUCCGGGCAGAGGCACAUCGGGCUGGACUCCGGGCAGAGGCACAUCGGGCUGGACUCCGGGCAGAGGCACAUCGGGCAGGACUCCGGGCAGAGGCACAUCGGGCAGGACUCCGGGCAGAGGCACAUCGGGCAGGACUCCGGGCAGAGGCACAUCGGAUUACCAGGCGAAGCAGCAGGCAGCGGGCCACCGGGCGGAGCAGCAGGCACCGGGCCCCCGGGCGGGGCAGCAGGCACCGGGCCCCCGGGCGGAGCAGCAGGCACCGGGCCCCCGGGCGGAGCAGCAGCACCGGGCCCCCGGGCGGCGCAGCAGGCACCGGGCCCCCCGGGCGGGGCGGAGCAGCAGGCAGCGGCCCCCCGGGCGGAGCAGCAGGCACCGGGCCCCCGGGCGGAGCAGCAGGCAGCGGGCCCCCGGGCGGAGCAGCAGGCACCGGACCCCCAGGCGGAGCGACAGGUCUCGGGCCCUCAGGCGGAGCGGCGGGCGCCGGACCCCCAGGCGGAGCGACAGGUCUCGGGCCCCCAGGCGGAGCGGCGGGCGCCGGACCCCCAGAUGGAGCGACAGGUCUCGGGCCCUCAGGCGGAGCGGCGGGCGCCGGACCC